ACAGAAGUGUCUGCAAUGCUGGUCAAACUAUUGAAAACAUUUGGACACGUCAACGCGCUGACGUAAAGCGGUGGCAAAAUGACCAGUAGACCUCUCAUUGAAACCGAGGUCACCAAUGGCGCCAUUUAUAUUUUGAUGUUUCUCAACGAUGAAUUUCAUGUGGAUUGAAUAAAAUUAUCCGCUUGGUAUUUUGUAAAAUCGACGACCUUCGAGAGGUAAAUUGUGAAUUUGGUAAAAUAUGAGUGAGUUUACAAUACAUCAUCAUGCAUCAGAGUUGCUUAAACUCUUGAGAGUCAGUGAUGGAGAUGGCCCAGAAGUUUAUGCUGACAUUUUAACAAAAGACCUUACCCCUUAUGUCACCACACAAGUGUCAUCUCAUGCUGCAAGACGAAAGAUUGCAGAGGCAACUUCGACUCCAAGGGAGUUUCUAAAAAAGUAUGAUGAGCUUAAAUCAAGAAAUAUCCGAGAACUUGACUCCCUUGUUUAUUUGCUGUCAUGUAUUGUUCAGGAUAAGCAGACAACUAAAUUUUUAGAAAAGAACGCCAAAGAGAGGCUAAAGGCCAAAGAACUGAAAGGUCUGACAACAUCUACUUCCGCCUUAAGUCUCGGAAAAGAGCUCAAAGAUUUAGCAGAUAACUCUUUUGGCUCCCCUAUGACGUCGCAAGAAGUAAAUGAAUUGCGGUCAAGACUUUCAGUAAUCGCUAGCAGUGCUGCACAAAGCUCCACCGAUGAUUUAAUCAAAGCCUUGAGAGAGAAGCAUGCAAAGAAGCAAGGAGCAGCUGGACUUCCAGUCAACCCGUCAUGGACUCGAGAAAGACCGUACCUCACUCGCGACUUCAUGCUCAUCUCAAAGGCCGAGCAACCGAUUGUAGCUAUUGGGACCUUGCCAUUACAAAUGCAAGAACUCUCUGUUAUCGAGGACCUUCUCUUUCUAAUGAUGGGUGUCGAAGGAAAGUAUAUAACAAUAAAAGAAAGACGGGAAAAGGACAAGACAGUGCUGUUCAAUGUUGACAAGUCCCUUGAUGUCAGCUACCAAGAACUUGUCCAUCGAAUUCUGCCAAUUUGUUCUUUCUAUUCAAAUAUUUGCCGAUUUAUCGACAAUGGCAGUCGAUUUGAAAGCGGCUUGGUUAGCCAUGCUUUGUGUGCUGCUAUGAGAUCAAUGAUCAAGGAGUAUUUCAUCUUUGUUACACAGCUGGAGCACCAGUUCAGAUCGAAUCAACUAUCUUUGCAAAAGAUGUGGUUUUACGUUCAACAAUGCAUGAAAACAAUGGAAAUUCUGGCGAACAUAGCCAUGUUAAUCCAACGAGGCACUCUCAAAGGUGGUGCAAUCCUGACUCUUUUGCAUGAGAAAACCGAAAGUUACAUUGGUGAUUCAAAAGCGAGAGAUCUAACGCUGUACCUUGCACAAGCUGCCUGUGCUCCUUACUUUGAAAUUUUGGAGCAAUGGAUUUAUAAGGGAAUUAUAGAUGAUCCCUAUGGUGAGUUUCUCGUGUCGGAACAUGAAUCAAUCCAAAAGGAAAGGGUUGCCGAAGACUACAACGACACUUAUUGGGAUCAACACUAUGCAAUUGUCAGGGAAAAGAUUCCCGUAUUUCUUGAGCGAGUAGCCGAAAAGAUCCUGAGGACUGGGAAAUACCUUAAUGUCAUUCGACAAUGCGGUGUCACAGUCAAUUGCCCUCAUGCAGUGGAAAUUCUUUACACGCUUAAAGAAAGGGAGUAUGUCGAUCACAUCGAGAAGGCUUAUGACUACGCCAGUCGCAAAUUACUGGAUCUGCUCAUGACCGAAAAGAAACUGAUGGCGAGGCUCAGAUCGAUAAAACAUUACUUCCUGUUGGAUCAGGGUGACUUUUUCGUUUGUUUCAUGGAUUUGGCUGAAGAUGAGAUGAGAAAAAAUGCUGAUGAUAUUGUCCAUUCGAGAUUAGAAGCAUUGCUAGAGUUGGCGCUGCGGACGAGCGCUGCUGUCAAUGAUCCAUUUAAAGAUGACCUGAGGUGUAAUCUGCUGCCUUACGAUUUGAUUACACAGCUUUUCAGGAUACUUUCGGUAACUCAUGACAGAAACACAAGUCAGGAUCCAACAGAAACACAAAUAUCAGGGCUAGAGGCAUUUUCUUUAGAUUACGUUGUCAAGUGGCCUUUGUCUCUCAUCCUCAGUAAAAAGGCAUUGACAAAAUACCAGAUGCUUUUCAGACAUUUGUUUUACUCAAAGCAUGUUGAAAGGCAACUUUGCAGUCUGUGGACAAUAAACAAGGGUGUGAAGCAGCAAGGAAAAUCUACUUCUUGGUUUUCAACUGCUCUUGAUUUGCGCCAAAGAAUGAUACAUUUUGUUCAAAACUUGGAGUAUUACAUGAUGUUUGAAGUUAUCGAGCCUAACUGGCAAAUUCUUGCAGAAAAUUUGCGUGAGGUUUCAAACAUCGAUGGAGUUUUGGAGCAACACAAUGACUUCUUGGAUCGCUGCCUCAAAGAUUGCAUGCUCACAAAUCCAGAGCUCCUCAAGGUUGUAAGCAAGUUGAUGAUGGUUUGUGUCACUUUCUCAAACUGUAUUCAGCGAUAUGAUGCGAGCACUGGUGUUGGAAGCUCAUCAGUCGAAGGGAAAUCUAUUUUAACUGACCACUAUGGUGAAAUGAUGAACAGCGGUGACUUCAAGAGGACCAUCACAAAUUUUGAGACGAAUUUUUCUCGAUUGCUGAUCGAGCUAAUUGAUAAACUCAGUUUGUAUUCAACCACUGAUUGUGAGCAUCAGAUGAUGAACAUGGUUUCGAGGCUUGACCAUAAUGGCUUCUAUUCUGAGAAACAAAGAAAGAUUUUGGCCAGCAAAGCUAAACGAACGUACAUGGUUCUUGAGACAAUCUGAUCGAAUUUAGUGUUACCGACAAACCACAAUCAACUCGUCUUGCAGAUGGUGAUAUUACUGGGUUUAAUAUCAACAACAACGAAGCAAAUUACAAUACCAAGUUAUAAACACGUGGAUAUCGACAGUUUCUAGUCAUCAAUGUUUUGAAAGGUAGUGAUUGUUUUUGCAUGAAGUUGGACGUUGCUAAUUUGUCUACUGGUGAAAUAUUUUGAUCGUUUUUGGCAAUGUUUUGUACAAUUUCUUGCAAUUUGGCUAAAUUUGUACCAGGGAAUAGAUUGUAUUUAUAGUUGCAUGUUUUUCACUGUUGUGCUGUUAAUUAUUUUCCUAUUUCAUAAGAAGAUGAUCUCCCAAUCUGAUCUCAAUCAUUCCGCACAAGAAUAAGAUAUUGCCGCUUACGUUUUUUCUUUCUUGUAUUUUGAGGUGUCACUAUCGGGAGUUUUAGGCCUAAGGCUGAUAGCUGCAGGGCUCAUUCCCUGUUGUAAUAUUCUACUAGUGUCUGUCCUGUGGCUUAUAUAUCAUCUCGUAUCAUAUGGUAUGUAAUAUGAACGCCUAGAGAGCUCGUGAUAAGCAAAAAGAUUGUUGGGCUUCUCUAAUUUAUUACUAUUUGAUUUAUGAAGAUUGGUAUUUAAUAAUACUUUCUUAAAGUCUUAAAAAUCAAGUUUUGGUUAGUUCUCUAUGCUUAGAUAUACCAUUGAUUAGGAAAGUUGAAUCCAGAAUUUUUUUCAACGAGGUA